CCCAAAACCAGAAUAUCGAAUAAAAACAACCAUAAAAGAACAACACAUUUCGAAAAAGCCCACCCACAAAGUCUUCCAAGAAAAAUCAGCACGCCCCCAAAUUUUCUACUCGGCCUUUCUUUCUUCGUCAGUUCGUUUUCCGGGCCGGAGUUUGAAGGGUUUUUUGUCUUUUUAUGGUAAGAUAAGUGGUGAAUCAAGGAAAGGGAUGGAUUCCGUGGCGCUUGAUGGUAUAAUUAGCCGUUUGCUUGAGGUUAAAGGGAAGCCCGGAAAGCAGGUGCAGUUGUCGGAAUCGGAGAUCAGACAGCUCUGUUUGCAGUCCAGGGAGAUUUUUAUGAACCAGCCUAAUCUUCUGGAACUUGAAGCCCCAAUUAAGAUUUGUGGCGAUAUUCACGGCCAGUAUUCUGAUCUUCUCAGACUUUUCGAAUACGGUGGACUACCUCCAAAGUCUAAUUACUUAUUCUUGGGGGAUUAUGUGGAUCGUGGGAAACAAAGUCUGGAAACAAUUUGCCUUCUUCUUGCUUACAAGAUAAAGUAUCCCGAGAAUUUUUUCUUACUAAGGGGCAAUCAUGAAUGUGCAUCCGUGAAUCGUAUAUACGGCUUUUAUGACGAAUGCAAGAGAAGAUUUAAUGUAAGACUAUGGAAAGUAUUCACGGAUUGCUUCAAUUGCCUUCCAGUGGCUGCCCUAGUUGAUGAGAAGAUUUUAUGCAUGCACGGAGGGCUCUCGCCUGACCUUCAUGAUUUGGACCAAAUUAGAAACCUACAGCGUCCGACUGACGUGCCUGAAACCGGAUUACUAUGUGAUCUACUGUGGUCGGAUCCGUGCAAAGAUGUUAAGGGGUGGGGAAUGAAUGAUAGAGGAGUGUCGUUUACUUUUGGUCCCGACAAGGUGACGGAAUUUCUUCAAAAACAUGACCUUGAUCUUAUUUGUCGAGCGCACCAGGUAGUUGAAGAUGGAUACGAGUUUUUCGCUGAUCGACAACUUGUCACAAUAUUUUCAGCCCCAAAUUAUUGUGGUGAGUUCGACAAUGCCGGUGCCAUGAUGAGUGUUGAUGAGACUCUGAUGUGCUCUUUUCAAAUUUUAAAACCUGCCGAAAAGAAGCCCAAGUUCGGAUUCAGUAGUACGACUACAACUAAGCCAGGAACUCAAAAAAAUAAGUCAUUUCUCGGGAAAAUAGGAUGAAUCCACUUAGAUUUAAGAUCCAAGAAAACUGUGCAACAAGGUUCGAAGAUUUGAGGUAUAAAGAAGUUGAAAUGUAGAGGAUUCAUUCCCGGGAGAAACUACAAACUGCUGUAAUAACUUCUGCGUUGUAUGUAGCCCCAACUGGAGUGUGUGGACAUUUGUUGACUGAAGAUUUUCUGGCCGUAAUUAUUGAAAAACAAAACAAACAAACGAAAAAAAAGAAAGAAUAGUGUUGAUAACGCCGGAACACCUUGUGGUGCAGUCGCCCAAAGGAUGAAAAGGUAAACGGACUUGUUUUACUUUCCCCGACUGAUUUUAAGUUUGUAUAUCCUAAGGAGUUUUACUCAUGGGCUUUUGAGCGACCAUUUAGUUAUUUUUAUCGAAUCCUUGAAUCGUGCUUUAUGGUGUUUUUAGUUGGAGGUGAGAUAUGUUCGGUAUCUUGGUAAUGAGUUUGGAUAUCGGUUGGGA